UCAGAGCUAGCCACAUUCAUGCUUGAGGUUCUGGGCCCGUAUGCCGUCAACGUGACCACAGCCGUUUAUCUAUGCCAGGGGCGUGGCCACUGCUUGCGCCACAAAUCCAAGAGCUCCGCCUACCUGCACCUGCCGCCCUCCAACUUUCUGAUGACAGAGAGGAAGGUAGAGAUGGUGCAGGUCACGGACCAGCUGGACCCUGGCAACCUGGAGGCCUGGAAGAGGGACUUAAAGUGCCAGUGUUAUGAGUCCCUGGAGGGGCCAGUCACCGAUGAGGUCCUCAAGGACAGGGCUGAGGUCAGGGCACGGAGUGCCCUUCCAGCCAGACUGAAUCCCCCCUUAUUGAGUGAGCUGAACCAGGGAACCAGCCCCACCUUCGCUCUCUUGAACCACAGUGGACCGUCACUCACUGCACCUCUCCUACCUCUACUGCUGGUAUUAACCACAGCUUUAAGCCUUAGCCUGAACACAGACUUAUGCCUGAACUCCUGA